AUGAGUUCUGCCAGCUGGGGGGAGCAGCAUGUGAGCGUACCCUUCGCUGAUUCUGUUUCACAGAUCCUUUCACCAAAUCUCAGUAGCUUGAUGCAGGAAGAUUCUGCUGUCCAGGAUUUUCCUGAGAAUGAAAUACAUCUGAAAGACAGCUGGGAUGUGUGUGACUCCAACCCAUGCAAAAAUGGUGGCAUCUGUCUGUCAGGGCUGAAUGAUGACUUCUACUCAUGCGAGUGUCCUGAAGGCUUCUCAGACCCCAAUUGCUCUAACGUUGUGGAGGCCGCCUCCAUUGAAGAGGAAGCAAAUUCAGCAGGACCCUGCCUUCCUAAUCCGUGUCAUAAUGGUGGGAUCUGUGAAAUUAGUGAAGCAUACCGAGGUGACACAUUCAAAGGAUAUGUGUGUAAUUGUCCACAGGGAUUUAAUGGGAUUCACUGCCAGCACAAUGUAAAUGAAUGUGAGGCUGAACCUUGCAAGAAUGGUGGAAUUUGUACAGAUCUUGUUGCCAACUAUUCCUGUGAAUGUCCAGGUGAAUUUAUGGGAAGGAACUGCCAACAGAGUAAGUACUGCAU